GAGAAUUUCCAGCGGCUGAGCGGGGUUUCCAGUCUGGGCGGAGCGACGCAGCGCAGGAAGUUCCACUGCAGCCAGAUGGAGUUUCUCUGUUAUUCUGCCGGACAAACUCGCUCCCUGCCGUGGCUAUAAAGUCAGAGCGCUCAGCACACACCCGGGGAGAGGAUGGCCGUGCUGCUGGAUCUGACCCGCUGCUGCAGCAGCAGCUGCUGCAGCCCCGGAGCCUCUCUGCUGCAGGAAGCGGACUUGCACGUCUUUCUGCUGUGCGGCGCGGAAAGUCACCGGCGAGAGAACGGCCUCUCGGACCCGUUCCUGGGCUCCCGCAGGAGCGUUCACGGCCUGGACUCCGGGUCCACCGCGGAGCGUCUGUACCGACUCAAGCGGAGCCUGGAUGAUCUGGACCUGAGUGCGGUCAGGGUGCUGACCACGGCGCGGGGCAGGGAGGUGCUGGCUCGGUACCAGGAGUUGCUAUUUACCGCCGUUUAUACCUUUGAUUACGACGUGACGCAGGCGGACAAGCUCACCUGUUCGGACUGCUGUGGCUCCGCCCACACGGACUCACCUGAGGGUGAAGCGGAGGAAGAAGUGUCGGCCUUCCUGCAGCAGCUGCCCGCUCUGAAGGGGGACAUCAGAACCCUGAGGUCCACUUUGAUCCCAGACUGCUUCGGUCACGGCUUCAGCACCCGUUCAGGCGGCGUCUCCUACAUCCCCACUCUGUCCUCCUUGAAUCUGUUCAGCAGCAGUAGGAGGAGGGACCCCCGGGCCGUGGUGGAAGAAAACCGGCGCCGGCUGGCCGUUCACGCCGGCUUCCAUCCCAUGCCCCUGCGUCUGGUCAAGGUGAACCAUGCCAGUGACGUCUGGGUUUUGGGGAAACCUGAGCCGGAAAGCUACGACUCCAUGGUGACCGAUCAGACGGGGGUUGUUCUGGCGGGUCAGGGGGCCGACUGCUUGCCCAUCCUGUUCGCCGAUCCCGUGAAGAAGGUCAUCGGGGCCGCGCAUGCAGGCUGGAGAGGGACCGUGAUGGGCGUGGCCACGGCAACCGUGGACGCCAUGGUGACGAAUUUUGGUUGUCGGUACAGCGACAUCGUGGUGGCGGUGGGGCCGUCCGUGGGGGUGUGCUGCUUCACGCUGGACAGAGAGCAGGCGGCAGACUUCAUCUCCAUCCACCCGGACUGCGUGCCUGAUCCAGAGUCGGCCAGGCCACACGUGGACAUCCUCCUCGCCAACAGAGUUCUCCUGCAGCGGCGCGGCGUCCUUCCAGAGCACAUCCACGACAACACGGACGCCACCCGGCCCCCCGUGACGCCCUGCACCUCCUGCAAUCCCGACGACUUCUUCUCCCACGUCAGAGACGGACUCAACUUCGGCACCCAAGUGGGUUUCCUGUGGAUCAAGGAAAGCGGGGAACAGGCCAGCGCUCCGGAGAGCCAGACAGGUCAACAGGGCGGACCUUAAGACGUGGAGAUGAUCCAAAAGUCGACGGCCGAGAACUUCUUGUAGUCAAAUGCGACGGGUCGGGUUCCAGUUGGCGGCAAAGCAAAUCUUAAGCGAUUCUUUGUGAAGAACUACUAAUCUAGUAGAUUACGUACUAAAGAGCAUCUUCAAGGGACGAAACGGCUAGAAUAAACUACCGGAGUUGUGAUUGGUCCUUUUAAAUCUACAGCUUGUGGCUGAACUGGGGUCACAUUUCAAACAGACAGAUCAAUGGCUGUAGAUUUCCAUAGUUACUUGAGAAAACAAAACGACACAGAGCUUAUAGAUUAAAACUUGGGACAAAAUACUCAAAACUGCAGCAGAUAGAACAAGAGAGAAAGUGUUUUUUUUCCAAUCCUUUCUGCUCAGUGGUCGUUUUAUUCCAGCAUAUAAAACAUUCAGUUCUUAUGCACCAUAAAAUCUGGAAUGAACUUCCAGAAAACUGCAAAGACGCAGAAACAUUGGCUUCCUUUGAUUCACUAACAUUGAUCAAUAUGUUUGAUGUGUAUUUGCUUGAUUGUGAGAAUGCCAUGGUGACAAAAUGUAUCGUUUGUUUCUCCUUCCUUGGAUGGUUUCUUUUUAUGUGACGUAAAGCACUUUGAACCGCCUCGCUGCUGAAAUAUUCUGUGCAAAUAAACUUAAAGACUAAAUGGUUAUGAAGUUAUGGGCAAGUUUACUUACCAAUUUCAUGAGACAUUAUUUAAAUAAGACAAAACUCAUUGCUAUGGGGUAUUGAAAGCAUUUAUUUGAAGGGGAAAAGCCUUUAUUUGUAAUAAAAGCAGCCCUUUUUUAAAAAAAAAAGGAAAUAAGUGUUUUCACUGUUCCACCUCAGUACUGAAAUAACACAAACGCCAUGUUUCCAUGAUUUUAACAAAAUUAUUUUUCUUUUCCAGCUCAGUCCAACAUCAGUAAAUACAGAAGCAUGAAUUCAAAUAAAUGAAGAAAAAUGGGCCGAGGCCAGACUAUCUGAACAAUGCAGACAGUGAUGAGACCAACGUCUAACACCGUUUGGCUCUGAACAUGUGGGCUUGUAAAGGCAAAGUUUCCUUCUGGUGGACAUGUUGCUGCCAGAACGUUGAUCAGAACACAAAGACAGACACGUUAUGAGAAAACACGUCAAAUAAAGAGCUGAACCCAAAUGCAUCCUUCAGUUACUCUGUUGGUUUACCAGAAAAGUCCUCAUUAUUGAGGCCAGCUCUUCUGGUUUAGUGCAAGCUUCAGAAAACAAAGUUCAUUCUUUAAGUGCUUUACAGAGAUGCAGGUUAAUAUGAGUUAGCAAGCUACGCUGGAGAACGGGAAUGGAAUUUUCUUCAAAGACAAUAAAGACCAUGUAAGUGUAAUUUGUCAAGUUCUUUUGAUUUUCUUAAUAGAUAUUCUUGCUCCAUUUGGUUAUCCAGUCCUUUAUUUUUAUAAAUUGGAUAACUAAAGACAAAAGAGGACUGUUUAGUUUGUUCCCCAGAGUAACUAAUAGAUCAGGAGCCAUGUUAUUGUCAGCAUCUUUCUGCACUUUCUGCUGAAGGAAACGGCGAGUCCAAAGUUGCCAUGGCAACAGACCCCUGUAGGAACCAAAACAUGGAUGAAAAUCCUGACUGGUUUGAUUUGAGAGACCAUCAACUUUCUGACUGGUUGGGGGAACAAAAAACUCUAUUACACACAUGUGGCUCUUUUCCAAUAGCAACGCAGCUCAACACAGUUCAACUGGUUUUCCACUAAUUGAGUGAGGACUCUAGUGGGUAGAGUCGUAACUGCGUAGACCCAGAGUCUAAAAAGUWGUGUGAUGUGAUUUGUACACGACACACAAAUAUACAAUGGAGGACAUGGAAGCUACGUUGAACAUCGUGUUGCACAAAUCCGCUCAGUGGCUGUUGUCUUUAAAAAUGGCGAGUCGGAUUAUGGUAAAGUGAGCUAUGGCUGCCAGAACCUGCGCACCAUAUGCAGAGCAGAGACGACGGGAGACGUCACAAGUUGCCCUGAAUUUGACUCCUGGUGUCAAGUCCUUUGCUGUAUGACUUCCACUUUUCUACCUGUUUUUUCUCUUUUUUCAAUAAAGCCCACCAUUGCCCAAGCCCCCAAAAAUUAUUUUCUAAAAAAGGGGAAGUUGUUCUUGUGUCACAACCACUGACCACCACUCUGCCUAGCAAAUUAGUGACAAAAAUAUUUUCUCCCCACCCCCCCUUUUAUUUUAGAUUUUUUUUUCCAGCUGUCAGAGUAGAAGCAGUCAAAGAGAAGCGAGGAAAGACAUGCGGCAAAGAUACCGGAAGUCAAACUCCAGUCGGCCGCGUCCAGGUCUGUAGCCUCCAGACGAGUCGCGCGCUGUUAAGCCCCGACCGACACUUUUCUGACAUCACUUUUUCAGCCCAACUAGGCUCAGUACGACCCCCAGCGAAGUAUGUUCUAGAAAAAUGUCUGGUUCCACAUAGGCGGACCUCCCUUAGAACCACACAGAGCCCAGUCAAGCUGCUGUGAACAGGUGCAAGUGGAAAAGGGCCAAUAGUGACCUCACCUCACAACAAAACCACAGGAUUACUAAAUAAAGGUCUAACAGUCACUGAGGAGGUUUGAAAAGUUUACCAUACAAACACCGAAUCUGGUUUUGACACUUCUGAUAAUGAAAAGCGCAUUACAUCACAGUCAACCCUUUCUUCUUUAGUUUACAAAAAAAAAAAGAAAAACAUUUUAUGUGCACCAUUACAGCAUACAAGCAUUUCUCAGUCUCCUGUCACAAAAACACAGACAGACAUUUAGCUGAAAGGUCAUUUGUUCUGCAGUGAAAUGAUCACUUCACGUCAUAGAGAAAUUUGGCUGUAGCUUCCUCCGGUUAGUGAAAGUAAAACUUGAGCCACUGAACCGAGGACCAGUUCAGACAAAGUGGUCUUUAUCUCACUGGCUGCAUUUUAAAAACAAUCAUGUACAAAACUGCAAAACGCCUUUUGCCAUAUAUAUAUGUCCAAUGUUACAAUUGAGCUGAUUAAAACAGUCCUUCAGUUUCUUUUGACGUCCAUGUUAAAAUAAGAAGCACCGCUGCAUUCCUGCCAGUGUCGGCGGCUCCGACAUCUGCCUGGUCCAUCUGCAGGAUGUUUAACCCCGAGUAGAGGCAGAUAUAGGAAAACACUGGAGGGUCUAAAUCCCUCCUUAGGAAAUAAGAAUACUGAUCAAGAGUUUAAGAGAACAGUUUUACCUUAAGAUACCUACAGGCAUCAACAACCGUAUUUAUUCUGAAAAAAGCAGCAGCUUUCCUUGAAGCUUAYAGCAAAUCGAAAUGGAGCAAGAAA